AGUAAAAAAAAACAAACGAGAGGAAGCAGCGGCGAAUGUAAACAAUUCGACACACUCCAAAUUGAGAGAACCUCCUCAUUUACCGUCGACUUCGGUCCGUGGCGGCAAGUGAGACACUACGCGAGUGCAUUUAAAAAGGAGAAACGAAGAAGCGGGCUGACAUUUACAUCGUCACUUCCGCUGCAGCACCAUGGAUGAACAUUUGCACGUGAACACGCCUCUCCUGGAGAGUGUCGCCAUGUCCAAACGUGUGGGGACUGCUGUGUACUUGAAAAUGGAGAACUCCCAGCCGUCUGGUUCCUUUAAGAUCCGUGGUAUCGGGCACCUGUGCCAGCAGCUCGCGUCAACGUCCAAAGGAAUCGUCUGCUCUUCAGGUGGUAAUGCUGGGAUGGCAGCAGCCUACGCAGCCAGAAAAAUGUGUGUGCCGGCCACCAUCGUAAUUCCCUCAUCGACCCCGCACCUUGUUGUCCAGAGACUACGCGAUCAAGGUGCUACUGUGAAGAUAGUUGGCAAGAUCUGGGACGACGCCAACGCCGAGGCACUUCGACUUGCUCAAACAGAGGGACUUACCUACGUUUCUCCUUUUGACCAUCCCUUGAUAUGGCAGGGCCACUCCAGCGUGAUCACAGAGGCCGCAAGCAGUCUGGGUCCUGGUGUCAAGCCCGGAGCGGUGCUCCUCUCUGUGGGUGGAGGUGGGCUCCUCUGCGGCGUGGUCCAGGGCCUGAAGAAUGUCGGCUGGGCGGACGUUCCCAUCAUCGCCGUGGAGACAGCGGGGGCCGACUGUCUGAAUGCGUCCGUCAAGGCAGGAAGGAGAGUCACCCUGGAUGACAUCACCAGCGAGGCCAAAUGUCUGGGGGCCAAGACCGUUUGCCAGCAAGCGUUUGAAUACAGUCGAAGCAAGGAGGUGACGGUCAUUUCUGAAGUGGUGACUGACCGCCAGGCCCUUCAUGCUUUAGAGACAUUCCUGGAUGAAGAGCGUGUCCUGGUGGAGAUGGCAUGUGGGGCAGCACUGGCAGCGGUCUACAGUGGGCUGGUGCACAGGCUACAGGCGGAAGGGCGUGUAGCGGCCCACCCGGGCCCCCUGCUGGUCAUCGUGUGUGGGGGCAGCGGCAUCGACCUGGAGCAGCUCUUCCUGCUCAAACGCAAACUGGAGAAAGAAUAACCUAGUUGCACGGUAACAUUAAGCAUUAUCACAGUUUUAUACCAUCUAAACUAGUAUCGCCUAAUAAAAUAUUCAUUAUUUUACUUUUUAGGGAGACCUAAUUUCGCCUAUUUGGGUUAAAAAUAUUUUUUGCAAACCAAA